ACCAUCGCCGACAUACUGCUUGCUGGGAUGUAGUUCUCCACCGGAAAACUACAAAUAUUGUUAGAAAUCUGAGACCGCUUACAAUCUCGGCAGGAACUCGUCGGAACGACGCGUUACCAUCGUUUAGUUUGUAGGAGAAGGGAGCGAAGAGGCGCGUUGCCAAAAUGAUGGAAGAAAUAGAUAGAUUUCAAGUGCCGAGUGCUGUACAGGAGGCGGAGAUGCAGGCUGAGAUGCAGCCGCUGGACCCAGCCUCAUCCACAGCUUCAGAGGCAGACUCAGACACCAGAGAGGGGGAGCCUGUCACUAUAAACUACAAGCCUUCACCCUUGCAGAUGAAAAUAGAGAAACAGAGAGAACUGGCUAGGAAGGGCUCACUGAAGAAUGGCAACACUGUAGGUAGUCCGGUCAACCAGCAGCCCAAGAAGAACAAUGUCAUGGCCAGAACACGGUUGGUAGUUCCCAAUAAAGGCUAUUCCUCUUUAGACCAGAGCCCAGAUGAGAAACCCUUGGUGGCUCUAGAUACAGACAGUGAUGAUGAUUUUGACAUGUCUAGAUACUCAUCAUCAGGAUACUCUUCGGCCGAGCAAAUCAAUCAAGAUCUGAACAUUCAGCUGCUGAAAGAUGGUUACCGCCUAGAUGAAAUCCCCGAUGAUGAGGACCUGGAUCUGAUCCCACCCAAAUCAGUCAACCCUACCUGCAUGUGCUGCCAGGCAACCUCCUCUACUACCUGUCAAAUACAGUAACCCUGCCUCUCUGACCCCCCCCCCCCCCCCUC